AUUUCGUCCUAUUUCCUCAUCAAUAUUCUACAAAACUCAAAUUCCUUUUGUACAAUCAUAUUUUUUCCAUCUAAUUUUAUUACCAAUAGUCCAAUACUAGUGCAUGCUCAACUAAUUGAUCAACACACAAAAAAGAAGUGUGACAAUGCAAUAUCAAAACACUAGGGCAAGACAAAGGUCAUCGUCUUCGGACUCGUUAGAGAGGGUGGCUAGGCUAGCAUCAGGAAGCGCGGUGGUGUUAUUUAGCUCGAGUAGUUGUUGCAUGUGCCAUGCAAUAAAGAGGUUGUUCUGUGAGCUCGGUGUGAGCCCGAUGGUGUACGAGUUAGACCAGGACCCUAAUGGAAAAGGGAUGGAGAGGGCGCUUUACAAGCUUCUUGGAAACUCACCCACCGUACCGGUAGUGUUCAUAGGUGGUGAACUGAUCGGAUCGAUGGAUAGAGUUAUGGCUUCUCAUAUUAAUGGCACUCUUGUCCCUCGUCUCAAAGAAGCCGGAGCUCUCUGGCUAUGACACCCUUUCCUUUAUAAUUCGUUGUCAAAUGAAAGAAUUAAUUAUAUAAUUUCUAUCUUCAAAAAUAUUUAAAAAAUUAUUAAUUUCCUAUUAUGUCCUUAGUCAUGACAUGCUCUUUGUAACCAUGAAAUGUCUAUGUUUAAAGCCAUGAAUUUUAUGACAUUUUUUUAGUAUGCAUGCCGAA